AUGAAAAUCACAAGCAGAGAAGCCGAUUUAUUCAUUGAAGAGAAUUUAUGGAAUGAUAAUGAUGAGCAUGCGAUAAAUGACGCCAUGCUCAAAAUAAAAAUCAGGGAAGAUAAAGAUAGCAGAUUCUCGAGCGACGUUGAUUCUUCUUUCGACAAUUCUGAUGAAUGGAAUAAUUUAUUGGACAAUCUCAUCAAUGAGCGCAAAACAUUCGUGACAAAAUGUAGACAAGAAUUCGACAACAGCAUGUUACCAGAAUACUUCGAUCGGUGGACAAUUAAACAGCAGUACGAUCACUUAAUAAGCAAUACCAGCAAAUAUUUCCCAAACAUACCCGAAUCUUUGAGGAACAUAUUGCCGGCAAUCUUCGAAAAUGGAGAUUGCAAUGAACGAAGAGGAAAUAUGAAACCGGAUUGGUUAAUAAUGGAUAAAUUUUAUCGCGGACAGCGCUUUGCCCAACGUUAUUUCAGCGUGAUUCUUAUGAGUCAAAUUAUGGGUUUAAUCCAGAUAUUUAGUUACUUUGACGCACUGAAACCGCUGAUCCUCAGUCAAGAGUCAAACACUCCGUACACAGCCUUUCUGCGAUACCUCAGGUCGAUCAAGACCUUCAGAAACUGGUACACGAGUGAUCCUUGGUGCCAAGGUACGCCAGCCUAUCGCGAUAUCCAGAGAGUGCGAAGAUUACACAGCGCCAUGAGAUCGAAAUUGUGCAAGAAAAGCUUCGAGGAGAUUGAUCGAGACAGUACGAUUCAAAAUGUAUGGUGUCCUAUCUUGGGAAAAGUCACGGAAGACUUCGCAGACACGUGCCCGAUGGCGAAGAGUCAAACUUGUCCUUAUACCAUGACAAGAACGACAAGUCUGAACCAAGGCGACAUGACGGGCACGCUGUUUAGUUGCGUGGGUUUGGUAGUGGUUUAUCCGGAGCGGUUUGGAAUAUAUGCUAGCGACGAAGAUCUGGAAGCUUUUUGCCACCUCUGGCGCGGUUUGGGGUACCUGCUGGGCAUAGAAGAUCAGUAUAACUUCUGUCGCGGUAAUUUACAGGAAAUACGCCAACGAAGUAAAGAUUUUAUUGAGCACUGGAUAAAACCGAAUUUCCGCGAGGUGACACCAGAGUGGGAGCACAUGACCAUGUGUGUUUUUAAAGGCAUAAGUUAUACGGAUUUUCCAUGCAACUACAAAGUGCAAAUACUUUAUCUCUGUGACAUAUUUGAACUCAAUAUGCCUCGCCUGUACGGGUCCUUCAAUCUAUUGGAGAAAAUAUGUUAUAUGCUGCAGAAAUUUAUAUUAUCUUACAUGAUAAAUAUACCUGGUGUCAACUCUAUCAUAAAUAAGGUGAUGAACGCGUGUCUAGAUCGGGCAACCGCCUUUAAAAGCGUCAAACAUGCCGAGCUCAAGAAAAAGUCCAAAAUGUUCGAGGAGUUUAAAUCGCUUAAAUUCGACAAUAAAACCUUAUAA